AUGCUACCCAGAGCUGCGCUGCGCAUCUCGCGUGGUCCCCUCCUACUACGCUCCUACGCUACGAAACCCCCGCGCCCGCCUGCGCCAUCAUCAUCGAGACCUGGCAAGCCACCCGCGCCGAGAGCAUACCCCUCCGGACCAGCACGACAGACAUCGCCAGGUACAGCUCUGCCAAAAGAUCAGACAUGGAAGCCAAAGGAUAGCAUACCGUUUGGAGGGCCAGCUGCGGCCACGCCGAGUGGAGCCGGUGCAGCAAAGGCCUCGAGUGGCGCAGAAUCACCUGUAGAGGGGGCACGACCAACUGGCCCAGAGACUACACCGAGAGCAUCGCCGCUGGAAGAACCUACACCCCCAUCACAAGAGCCGAUCGCGCAGAAGCUCGGAGCAGAUGCGCCGGCACCCGGAUCGCCAAGAGAUGCGGCGCAAGAGAAGGAGGCCGCGGCAGAGCAGCAGCGACAGCCCCCGCAGCAAGAACAGCCCCCGCAGCACACUGGGCCAUUGCCAGAUCUGCGACAAGGCAUUCCUUCGACAUUCGACUUUGAGUUCGGCGCAGCCAAGCAAAAACAGGAUGCAGCAGCAGAGCGGGAGUCACAGGACGACAAGCUGGAUUUGACGGGCAUUUCGCCGGAAGAGGGCCAGCGUCAGAAGGACCGGGAGGAGAGACAGCGUGAUCGAUCCGCGUACGAGACGUCAGUCGAUCGACGGCGCGCACAGAUGUCCAACUACCUCUAUGCUUCGAUAGUUCUGGCCGCUGUCUUUGGUGGUCUCUACCUCGCGCGACCCUUCUCACAAUCAGAGGACAUUCCAUCUGGUCUCGAGCCCGGAGAGGCAGAUGGCUGGGCACCUGGGAAGCUGUGGGCACGAGUCCGCGCACGCUUGGGCGACCAGACAGGAUACUACACCGAGCCAGUCUUCCCUAAACUGCUGCCCGACGUUCCUGAAUCACAGCGACCACCAUACACACUUGUCCUGAGCUUGGAGGACCUCCUCAUCCACACGACCUGGGACCGACAGAAUGGCUACCGAACAGCGAAGCGACCGGGCAUCGACUACUUCAUCCGCUACCUCUCCCAAUACUAUGAACUCGUCCUCUUCACCUCCGUCCCACGAGCCAUCGCCGAUCCUGUCAUCGCCAAACUCGACCCCUACCACUUCAUUAUGUGGCCUCUCGGCCGCGAAGCCACCAAAUACGAAGGUGGCGAAUACAUCAAGGACCUCUCCUACCUCAACCGACCUCUUGAGAAGACCCUCAUCAUCGACACCCACGCACCUCACGUCAAGAACCAACCCGAAAACGCCAUCGUGAUCCCCAAAUGGAGCGGCGACCCACAGGACCCACACGUAAAGGACCUCGUCGCCCUGAUCCCGUUCCUCGAAUACGUCGCAACAAUGGGCACAACCGACGUCCGCACCGUAAUGAAAUCCUUCCAAGGCAAAUCCAUCCCCGAAGAAUUCGCCCGUCGCGAAGCCGAAGCACGAAAACGAUUUAAUGAGCAACUCGCCGACGAGCGUCGCAGGAAACCAAGGUUCUCCCUCGGCUCCAUCGCUGGCUCAUUGGGUGUCAAGGGCGGUUCUGCGAUGGGCGGCGGCAUGGCUCUGGCCGACGGACAAAGCUUCGCGGAAGGUCUCGCGCAGGGGAAGAUGUUGAGUGAUCAGAUCCGCGAGCAGGGACAGAGGCAGUAUGAGCAUUUGGAGAAGCAGAUCCGGGAGAAUGGAGAGCAGUGGUUGAAGGAGGAGGCGGAGGAGCAGAAGAGGUUGAUGGAGGUGCAGAUGAAGGAGAUGAAGGGGAGUGCGUUGAGUUGGUUUGGUGGGAGUAAGUAG